CGACCACAUGGCUACGUUGCAUUAUCUGCCUCCACCAUGAAAUCUUUCGGCGUCUACUGGAUCGCAUUGGUCUGCAGUGCUUCUCUCGCCAGGGCGCAGUAUUUCUCAGAAGGAUGGAGACCAGGCCAGGCUAUACCUUCUGAGGCUCCCGUUCCCACUUCCGCGCCCUUUUCUGCUCAUUCACAAGAGAAAUCAGCUCCACUACGUCCUAGUGACCUGCUGCGUCUCUUCGAGGCGAAGACUUGGCUUACUUCUGAGCCAGCGGUGGCUCUUUUUUCGCGAUUUGGGAUUAACAUAACGGAAAGAUUGGAAGCUGCUGAGGUGCUCCCUUGGGACAACCGGAUUCCUCUUAUCACAGACGAAAAUUAUGAGGAAAUGAUUGUCAACGAAGAGCUUACGGAAGAGGAGGCGGAGGAACGCAUUUGGGCGUUGCUGAUUUCUGGCAGCGCAUCACGACAGACCGGAAUAUCAACGUUCGUUGAUGAGGCGUUUGAUGAAGCAUACAACCAGACUCUCAUCGGUGGAGAUCUCCCAAAUGUACGUUGGGGCCGGAUUGAUUAUUUCAAUGUCACCUACAUCACGACAAAAUGGGCCGUGUGGCAGGCACCUUUCAUUGUCGUUCUGACAGAUCGUGGGCAGACGUUGCGCUUCUACCGAGCCCAGAACAUCCGUUUGCGAGAUGGAGCUUUCCGUGACUUCCUUCUAGCAGAGGCUUGGAAGAGUACUCCGCCAUGGAAGAGCGCAUUUGCACCGGGCGGCGAAAGGGAGUACAUCAUGGACUUCUUUGCCACUUGGAUGACCAAAGUCUACAACGUGAUCGUCCGACUUCCUAGCUUUAUUCUCUUGAUAUUGUCUGGGACAGUGGGAUCGCUAUUAAUUGGCCUCAUGCACCGAAAUCCUCCACAGCAGGCGGUACAGAGGACAGAACCUGUUUCGCAACCUGUUUCUCCCCCUGCUUCAGGUACCAGCACGGAAACGGGGUCCCGUGGCUCGAAGCCAGCCACUAAGCAGCGAAAAUCGAAGAAGUAAUGGGUUAUUGAUGGAACAUGCUUAUUGCCCCUGCUUUGUUACUCAUAGAUGUACAAUAUACGACAUUACAACUGCUU